AUGGAUGAGGUCAAUGGAUUGGAAAUGUCCCAUUGCGACGAGAUGGGCAACAAAGAGUUGGCAGCUCUCGUGGACACGCUUUUUCCCUUUUCCCUUUUUACUUUUUCAUUCAUGCUACAAUCCUUCAUCAAGUCUGUGGGGCUUGCUCCCUUGGAUGCCUAUGUUGAACCACGCAUAUCUAUUGGGAAUGCUGUAUACGAUCGUGAACUAUCUACUGGCAACUUUAAGGUGCAUAUGGAUGCACAAGCAAGAGCUCUCAUUAUCAAGAACAGCAAGGGUCGAGUAAUAUGGAAAUCUCUCCAUAACAUUCCUUUUCUUUUGUCAAGUAUCGGCGAUGAUGAAAUAACCACGGAGCCCUACAACGAUGCGCUUUACAAGAUUGUGGAACAUGACGAGCACAUCACCCGACUUCAAACCAUUACCCGCAUUGAAACCAGCAAUAACCAAGUACGCAUCUAUGGUGGCCUUGGCACCAAGAUAUCUCCACAAACGCACUUGGAUUACGAGUUCAUCCUCGAGGAAUUAUCACCCAACCAGCUCCAUUUCACAGCACGCAUUGUCAAUCGAGAUACACCCAUGGCCAAUUAUCAGCGACUUUUGUUGGUCUUUGAGAGCCACAAGGACGAAGAUUUUUAUGGAUUUGGUGAACAAUUUACGUAUGGAUCACUCAAAGGACACAAAGUCCCUAUUAUGAUCAGAGAACGAGGUCACGGUCGAGGUGGGCCACAGACAUCAUCUUUCAUCAAUUCAGCAGUCAGCUUUGUCGAGGGCUACUUUGGCGGUGAUGAUGGCUAUUGUAGUUCUACCUUGUCGGUUCCACAAUACAUCACAUCGGAUCGACGAUGCCUGUUUCUUGAGACGUCCGAGUAUACAAGCUUCAACCUUACUGAUCCGGAUCGUGUCACAGUGCGCAUUGACGCUAGUGAAAUGGCAGGACGCAUUGUGGAUGGCGAAUCCAUGCUGGAAUUGAUCACUGAAUAUACAUCCUAUUGUGGUCGUAUGGCACCGUUGCCUGAUUGGGUGAAUGAAGGUGUGGUUGCUGGUAUCUCUGGUGGCAAAGACAAAGUGCAUCAAAUCGUGCAGCAACUUCAACAACAUGAUACGCCUUUGGCAGCUGUAUGGAUUCCGGAUUGGUGUGGUCAACGUGUACAAUCUUUGACACCCAACGUGGCAUUGAAGCGUUUAUGGUGGAAUUGGGAAGCUGAUGCGAAUGCGUAUCCGGAUUGGAAGGCCUUUGUCAAAGAACUCACCAACGACAAAAAUGUGCGCGUGCUCACUUACAUCAACCCAUUAUUGACAACCACCCAAAAACCAGGAACACAACGUGACCUAUUUCAGGAAGCAGCCAACAAGCAGUAUUUGGUGCGUGCACCCAAUCAGCAGCCUUACAUUGUGCACAGUGGUGGUUUGGAGGCAGGGUUAUUAGACCUUACCAAUCCUGAAGCAAGAGAAUGGUUCAAGGGUGUGCUCAAGGACCAAGUAUGGGAUGCUGGAAUUUCAGGAAUGAUGGUGGAUAGUGGCGAAGAGCUUCCUUAUGAUGCAAGAAAGAUCAUCCUCAAGGAAAACAAGCCUCCAAGCACAUACCAUAAUCUCUAUGCUGAAAUGUGGGCCAAGUUGAAUCAAGAGGUUAUGGAAGAGCAGUCUCUUGAUGAUGAUGCUGUCUGCUUUUAUCGAGCUGGUUAUACACGCUCUCCACAAUACAUGUCGUUGGCGUGGACAGGGGAUCACAAUGUAUGCUGGGAUCAAACCGAUGGAUUGAAAGGCGCUGUGGCUGCCAUGCUUUCAGGUGGAUUUUCUGGUUUUACGCUUACGCAUUCGGAUAUUGGUGGCUACAAUACCAUUGAAGGACAAUUAAGAGGUGCUAGCAUGACACGCUCACGCGAGUUGCUUUACCGAUGGAUGGAAUUGGCGGUAUUUACAGCCAUGUAUCGGACUCAUGAAGGCAUCCUUCCCGAAAGAAAUGCUCAAUUUUAUGACAAUGAUGACACCUACACGCACUUUGCACACAUGGCCAAAUUGUACGUUGCGCUAGCUCCUUAUCGAAAAAAGCUUAUGCAAGAAGCUCAUGAGAAAGGCUGGCCGAUGAUGCGUCAUCUUGUAUUGUACUACCCACACGAUGCCACUGUCAGGCAACUUUGCUACACGCAAUUCUUGUUUGGACCCGAUCUUUUGGUAGCACCUACCUUGUCGCCAUCAGCGUCCUUUGUCAAGGUGUACUUUCCACAGGAUUCCCGCGAUGUCUCAUGGCGUCAUGUAUGGUCUGGUAAAUAUUUUGAAGCGGAUGGAAGCUACAAAACGGUGGACACUCCCCUUGGUCAACCUGCCAUGUUCAUCAAAGAGCCACGUCAAGACAACGGGUUGCUAAACAACCUGGUGGAUUUUGCAAACACCUAUUGUGAUUACGUAGCCAAUGUAAAAUAA